AUGAUUCCUCGUUAUACACUUAGUGACGGCGUGCGCGCUACGUUUUCUGUUCGCGAUCUUCACGAAACUUCCGUGCACCAUGAUUGGAAGGUUGAUGAUUUGCAGGAUUCAGAUGAAAGUAUUUCGAUGCAGCACUCUGCAAACGGCACCGCUUCUGUAGUGAUUGGCGCAGAAAGCGUUGAGAGGCGCAAAAAGCGUCCGUCACGCUGGGGAACGCCGACUACUUCAUAUGGCAAAGAAACUGAUUCUGUUACUGCAUCAAUACCUCUUCCAGUGGGGCCACCGCUGACACAGCCAGAAGUCAUUUGUUUGGAAAAUAUCCCAAUACCAUCGAGCAACAAGCGAUUGUCGCCGUCACAACAGAGUGUUAUUGCACAGCCAUCUGUGCUGAACACGACUCCUUCGACGUCCUUCGCGUUCAGUGCAUCGGCAUCAUCAGUACCAACAUUCAGGUUGGCUAGCGGGCAGCCCCAGCUCAGUUUGGCUCCAUUUGCUGGUCCCACUCUGGGUCAACAGCAAAUUGGCCUGAGCCAGCAAUCUCUGGCCACUUUAAGCCAGCAGCAACUGGCAAGUCUGGGGCAGCAGACGCUAGCUAGCCUGGGUCAGCAGCCGUUGCCCGGUUUGAGCCAGCCUCAGUUGACGCCUCUUGGACAAGCAUCGUUGGUUCAAAUGCAGCCGCCUCUAUUACCGAAUUUGCUUCUACCGCCACUUAAUUUAGGCGCAAUGAAUAAUUUAUUGGCGGCAGGUUUGCUUGCAAAUAGCAAUCCUCUGGCGGCUCAGUCAAUUGCGCAGCCGUUAACACAACCGUCGCCGGCCCCAACGGCUCCAUUCGUAUUGAAUCCAACUCCUAAACCGCCGGAGGGUGUGCCUCCUCCACCACCUUUUGAAAAACCGUCCAUCCCUCCCAACAAUCUUUCUGUUUGUGAGCCCCUGGCCGAGAAAAUAAGAAAACUUAUUGAAGCCAGCAGCGUGAGGCCGUUAUGCAACUCGCCUGGACCCCCACUUCAGACAGCAGAAAGCGAUGAAGCGGAAGAGCCCAGUGGUGAUUAUUUGAAGGCGGAAGCUGGACGGAAGAGUGCAAGUGCAGACGACGAAGAAACCGGUGAAGCAACUGUUCGAGUGAAGAAAGGAGCCCACAGGAACGGUACAAUGUUUGAAGAGGCACGACGAAUGCUUUCCUCUUCUCUGAAGAAAGUUUACAGGAUGAGGCAAAUCAGCAAGCAGGAAUAUAAAGAAAUUAUGAAGAAGGGCGUAAUGGCUUUGUCACAGCGGACGAAACUGGACCAACGAAGGGUGGAUGAUUAUGCGGCCAAGUACGUUGAAUGUGUCAUUCAUCGACGUAAGAAGCGACACUGA